GUGUCACAGAAGAAGACGCAGUUCCUGGCAUUCACUAUGAUUUGUGUGAUUGGGUCCGUGUUACUAUUCCUUUCAGCCAACCUGUGUUAUGGUGCACCUCCAGGACAGACUGACUCAAGAGUUGUGAACGGCACAGAGGCUGGAGAUAAUGAAUUUCCUUUCAUGGCUCAAUAUGUUCGUUACGGUGUACCAGAAUGCAGCGCUACAAUCAUCAACGAAUACUGGGUCAUGACUGCUGGUCACUGUGUGGAUGGGAAGGAGAUCCGCGUGUCCGACGUCCGAGCCGGUACCAACAGUGUGCGAAAUGAUACUGGUGUACUCAUCCACGUCAGCGAAUUCGUCUUCCACGAAAAUUACCAUUACGACUACAUAAACGACGUAGCUCUGAUUAAGCUGGUGCAGCCUCUCACUUUGGGUCCCAGAAUACAGCCAGUGCCUCUACCGGAACAGGGACAGCAGACAGCCGGCGGGACCAUAGCCACCGUGGUCGGAUGGGGAGCUACAGAGUCUGAAUCUUCAGCUGAAACACUGCGGAAGGCUGACAUCCCGGUGUGGUCAGACGAGGACUGCCAGGAGGCGUACGCAGGCUACGAGUACCAGGUCCUGGAGGAGGACAUCUGCGCCGGGAUGCCCGAAGGAGGCAGGGGAGAAUGUAGUGGGGAUGGAGGUGGACCGCUGUUAGUGAACGGCACUCAGAUCGGUAUAGUAUCGUGGUCCAGGAAGCCUUGCGUUACAGAGGGAUCUCCUGGGGUCUACGUCGAAGUUUCGUACUACAUAGACUGGAUCAAAGAGACGACUGGCAGAUCUUAAAGAAUUCUCACCACUGAAAAAACAGGCAUCCGCUUUAGUGUGAUUAACAUGUGAUAUCUGCACAUAUGUAAUUUCCGGAUUUCUUUAUGUGAUUACAAAAUAUGAGCUAUAUACUGUGAAAUUGGUAUUAGUUUCUCCUGCAGGUUUAUGAAAUUGCAAUCAGCCUCAGCAUCUUGUGAACAUUAAAUCGUUUCAAAUGUCCGAUCUGAAAGCAUUUACAAAAAACGGUAUUAGAUUGCUGGCUACGUAAUUCGAGGUAGAGUAGUGUGAAACACUUGAAAGGAACAACUAUCUCUCUCUCUCUCUCUCUCUCUCUUUCCAUUCAUCAUUCAUCGUUAAGUAAAGGGUGUAUGUGAAAAUUGGCGACAUAUGUACUGUGUAAGAGCUUUUCGUUCUCUAACUUCUUAUCAUGACAAUUAAGGUCAUCUUCGCUUCCAUAGGGAUUGCUAUCUGCAUCCGACGAGAAACAUCUGUUAAUUUUUCAAGGAAGUUUAUAACACUUUCUGUACAAUAUGUUUGAAUGUUACUUUCAUCAUAUUAAACAAUUUGCAUAUUUUUGCUUUCAGAACUGCAUUGCAAAAGCAAUAAAGCUCAUACAUCAAUUACUGUU